CGGAUUGGCUGUUAAAAUAGACUUCCUGAAGGCUCACGUGAUUCUUAUUUGUAACGUCGUACUAAAGUUAUGUCUAGGUACCCGAUAGUUGUGCAGGGGGAAGCCUCUGAAACAGAUUCGGAUGAUGAAGUGUACAUCACAUCUCUGCCUCCACCUCAACUUGCCACAGCGGGAGCCAAGGUUCCAGGGGAGGCAUCAGAAACAGACAGCGAGGGCGAGCAGGAGCAGCCACCUGAGGGCGCUGCAGUGAGUCAUGAGAGUGCUCAGAUCUUCAAGAGAGACCUGCCUCCUCUAAUUGUAGUCAGAGACCACCCUGAUAUACAGUCAGUGGUGGAAGACAGACCCAGCCCCACACACCAACGACAUGGUGACACACUGCUGCAACAGAAGCUGCAGGAGUCUAACCUCCAUUUGUACAAUGAUGUGGGUCAAGCCCUUCGUCAUGUUUAUGGAAAUGCCAGUAGGGAGAUUCGCACUGCAACUACCCAGCUAAAUGCAUCUCAGAGUGCCAUCAUCAACGCGUCCCACAGUAUCCGCCUGAUUCUGGACGACCUCAAGGCUGUAUCAGAGAAAAUCGACAUCAUCACCAGCUGCCAAAUCCUGCCCGACCUCAACGUGAGGCAAACAGAAUGUGCAAGGUCUCCGAUAUCCUGAUCCAGUUAAAAUAUGACUAUAUUAUAACAAUCAUAUUAGGUACAUAUAGUAGGUACAUUUUUUUAUUAUGUAAGAUUUUAAAAAGUAAAUACAUAAAAAUAAUACAUUACUACCCAGGAUCACAUUUGAAAAAAAGUUGAUAUAUCUAUGAGUAUAAUUAGUUAGGAAUAACAAUAUUGGGAAUUAUAACUGUGUCCAUGACACGCGUUGAUUUAUGAUAAUAAAUUAUUUGAUACCUAAAUAUACUAAAAGGCAAAUUAAUAUUUCCUCCUUUAAAAAGAAUAUAUUAUUUGAAGUUGUCUGUUAGCCAUUUAUUAAAAUUCCAAGAGCCUCAUGUCAUCUUAUCAUCACAACAUACACUACAAAAAUUUAAAAAUGUUUGACACAUUAAUCUUCUUAGUCAUAUUUUCAAUAACAUAUGGAGCCUGUAAUUUCAGUUAAUAUUUAAACAUGAUCCAAAAGAGUACUGUAGAUUUCUUACUGAAUGCCAAGCAAGUAGUCUAUUCUUUUUAAAAAUAUUAAACAUUUACAAACAGUAAACCUUAAACUGACAUUUGAAGCACUGGGCUAGAUUACAAGAGACAGAUUUUUGCAUACAGCUGGUCAUAAUCUAGCGUAAGUGCACAUUGUCAGUCUGGUGUGUAGAGAUAGAUGAACACCACCACCAGCAGGUUCAGAACUGUGGCUAUGAUGCCCACCAGGCCAAACAUGUGGUCAGUGUCCACCCCGCAGCAGACAGAUGGACCAUCCUCCUGGGGAAAUAACACAUGCAUAUAGUGUAUGUGUUGUUAUUAUUAUAUUGUUUAGUGUAGGACAUAUCAAUGCAUUCACAGUAUAAACAUAUAUUUCUUUAAACAGAUUUACACUUUUAUUAUUAAUAUGUAUUUAUUUAUAAACAUAUUUAUUGCUGGGCAUUUAUCAAAUAUUAUAAAUGUUAUAAAAUUGCAUAUUAUAAUAAUACAAUAUAGUUAUGCAUUAAUCAUUGCCUUGUCUAAUAAAGUAUGUUAUACCAGCCUCUGCCACUAGAUGGAGACUAGCUUGUACCUUUUGAUCAUCCCAUCCUCCAAAACGGGCUUUACUUUAUGUGGCUUGAAUUUUACGUAUGUUAAAGUAAUUAUAGACACACCAACUCAAAACACGUACCAUAAAAAAUAUAGUAAACAGUUCCUUACCUCGUUGUUGCUAGUUUCUUUUUUAUUUCUUCUAUCCAAGUCCAUAUUUGGUGAAGUUAAACAUUUGCACAAAACAAAAAUGUUUAAGGACAAAUAGUGUUAUUUUGAAUUAUUUGUUAUUUUCUCUGAAUUGUAUGGUCAAAAAUUAGGCAUUAGUAAUAAAACGUCUCCAUUGCUACAAA